CUCCACUGUUGAAAAUAAAAAUUCUACAAAUUGACCUAAAACCCUAAACCCUAAACCAGCUUCAAAGUCGCCAUUUUUGCUUACGCGCAAAGCUCUGUUUUUACAAGAGUAAUGGCAGGUCCCAGAAAUAAAACGAAAACAAAAUCACAAAAUCCUCCUCCUAGAAAGAAGCCAAAGAAAGUACUUCUAGCAAAAGAACCAGAAAAAGAAGACCUCUUUAGUGAUUCUGAUGGAAUAAAUGAAGAAGUAGAAGAACGUGUAGAAUCUGAUGAAGAAGAACAGAAAUUCAAUUCGGACUUGGAUAUGUCAUCAGAUGGGGAUGAUCCGUUUGCUGAUGAUAUUCUCAAAGGAAGUGAUGAUGAAGAGGAGGGUUCAGAUGUAGAUUCAGAUUCAGAUUCUGAUUCUAAUUCUGAUGCAUCUGACAUUGAGACGAAAGCGAGAGCAAUUGAUGAGGAAAAGGCAAGGGUAGAAGAAGAAGCUGAAGCUGAAUUGCAGCUCAAUAUUAAAGAAGAGGCUGAUGAGUUCCGAUUACCGACCAAGGAGGAGCUUGAAGAAGAAGCACAAGGACCCCCAGAUCUUUCAAAUCUCCAAAGAAGGAUAAAAGAGAUCGCGCGAAUCCUUUCAAAUUUUAAGUCUUUGAGGCAAGAUGGAGCAACACGAAAGGAUUAUGUUGAUCAACUUAAAUUAGAUUUAAGUUCAUACUAUGGAUACAAUGAGUUUCUAAUUGAAGCUUUGGUUGAGAUGUUUCCAGUUGUUGAACUUAUGGAACUUGUUGAAGCUUUUGAGAAGCCUCGUCCAAUAUGUCUUAGAACAAACACUUUGAAGUCUCGCAGGCGGGACUUGGCUGGUGUGCUUUUGAACAGAGGAGUCAACCUCGAUCCAUUAAGCAAGUGGUCGAAAGUUGGCUUGGUUGUGUACGAUUCACAAGUGCCUAUUGGGGCCACUCCAGAGUAUAUGGCUGGGCAUUAUAUGCUUCAAAGUGCUUGCUCUUUUUUGCCUGUAAUGGCCCUUGCUCCUCAGGAGAAAGAAAGAAUUGUAGAUGUGGCGUCUGCUCCUGGUGGUAAAACAACUUAUAUUGCCUCGAUAAUGAAAAACACUGGUAUUAUUUAUGCAAAUGAGAUGAAGGAGUCAAGGCUCAAAUCCCUUACUGCAAAUUUACAUCGCAUGGGGGUAACAAACACCAUAGUUUGUAACUAUGACGGAAGGGAGCUGCCAAAAGUUUUGGGCAACAACACAGUUGAUAGGGUUCUGUUGGAUGCUCCUUGCAGUGGCACUGGGGUCAUAUCUAAGGAUGAGUCUGUGAAAACCUCGAAAAGUGCUUUAGAUAUACAAAAUUGUGCCCAUCUUCAGAAGCAAUUAAUACUUGCAGCAAUAGACAUGGUCGACGCCAAUUCAAAAUCGGGGGGAUACAUUGUUUACUCCACAUGCUCCAUAAUGGUUGCUGAGAACGAGGCUGUUAUAGAUUAUGCACUCAAGAAGAGGGAUGUGAAACUUGUGCCUUGUGGACUUGAUUUUGGGCGUCCAGGAUUUAUUCGCUUCAGGGAACACCGUUUUCAUACUUCAUUAGAAAAGACGAGACGUUUCUAUCCCCAUGUUCACAACAUGGAUGGAUUCUUUGUGGGAAAGUUAAAGAAAAUGAGCAAUUCAAAGCCAUCUCUGAAUCCCUCCGAACCUUUGAAAGUGGAGCAAGAACCUGAGUCAAUGGAGAGCAAUGGCCAGAACAAUGAUGAAGUAGAUAUCCACCAACACUUGAAGAAAAAGGAGGGUGUCAAAGAGCAUAGUAAGUUGAGCAAUGGUUCUUCUAAGGGUGGGAAAGGAGAAAAUCCAAAAGUCACGGAAAAGAGGACGAAAAGAAAACUCCCUUCAAGAGAGGAAAUUGCAAGAAUCAGGGAAGAGAAGAGACAAGUUUUAAGGGCAGCGAAGAGAAAAGGUAGGAGGAAUGGUGGAACUGAGGACUGACCAAUUUGCAGCUUGUAAUGUGAUAUUUGAUAAGCUGGAAGGCAAAGUAUGUGACAGUAUUAAGAAAAAUAUCUCGUCAAUCGUAGUGUCCAUCUUGGUACAUGCUCAAGUGUCAGCAGUUGGGAUGCCUAAAACAGUAAUUCAUCCAUGGGCAAAAGUGCUGAGAUGAAUUUUUCGUUUUUUACUAAUUUAUGCUAUAAACAUCUGAGAGUUAACAUUCAGUGGAAAGGAGGAAAAAGAAAAGAAAGGGACGACGCAUGCAUGUACUUUAGAAUAUGUUGGCGCAAUAUGUACUAAUUAAUACAAUCAAAUUAUUGCCAUAGAUGGAGCCGUCUCUGAAACUUUGUCAAUUUUGGUGCUCAAGGAAUCAAAAUUUUGUUUCACUGUGCUCGUUCUUGCAUGACCUUUUUGUACCAUAUUCAAGGAAUCUCAAAAUCUUGGCCUC